AGAUGACAAAAGCAGGCCCGGCCAUAAGGAGGUCUGGUCGGACCUACAGCACCGGGCCCAAAAUUUUGGGGGCCCAUUUUUUUUUUUUAAAACCGGUUUUAAAGUUAAAAAAAAAAAAGAAAAAUUAGCAUCUUCCUUCUAACUUCCCUCCCGCAGUCCCGUGAUUCCAGUGAAGUUCUUCCUCAAAAUCUCAAAACUCAAUAACUCUUCAAAUUCUCUCUCCUUCCCAUUCUUUGAUUUCCCAAAAAUCAGUCAAUUAGAUAAUUAAUUUCCUUAAUUAUCUCUCCUAAAAACCGAAUUCUUCUCCUACAAUUAUGAAAAAAUUACCGUUCAUCUUCGUUUUCAGAUCUAUCAAUCAAUUCAAUUCAUUUUCUGAGAAUACCCACCCAAAUUCGUGGUGUUCAACGGACAAAUUUCAUAUAUUUAUAUAUGAAUCAAGAUUCAAGAUCUAUUCAUCUACAAUUUCGAAUUCUUUUCAAUUCAAAGUUUCGAAUUCUUUUCAAUUCAAAAUUUCGAAUUCUUUUCAAUUCAAAAGAGGGGAAUUGACGAAUUGGGGAAAUUCGGAUGAGCUUUGUGAAUUUGGAAGCCGGGCCCGAAGGCUGAAGCAUCUGCAGGAACUCAGGAAGGCAAUUUCGGAUUUCUUCUUUUAAUCUUUUUCUUCCGUUAAUUCGUUCUUCGUUUGGCAAGGAAUCCAGGUUAUAUCUUUCUGACUUUCUUUAAUUCUUUCGUUCUUCGUUCUUGGGUUCUUAAUGAUUUUAAUCUUUUAUAUUUUUAUAAUUUUAUUGCUAUAAUUUUAUGUAUUUUUGAAUUGUUGUUUGAUUUUUCAAUGCUGAAAUAUUUAAUAUUGUAUUUGUAAUUGUUAAAUUGUAGUUAUUCACUUAUUUUAUUUAAGUUUUCAAUUAUUGAAUUAUCAAUUAUGCCUCCUAAAAUCAGGAAACAUAAAUCUGGUUCUGAAAAACGUAAAUGGAAAAAAAGAAUGGAAGAGUUAGAUUUGUCUCUAAGAGGAUCUCUGGAUAAGUUUGUUGUAAGGGAACCACCUGUAGAGAAUGAAAAUAAUAUUGGUGGACCUAGUGGUAUAGAGCAGCAGAAUGUAGAAACUUUAAAUGAAAAUGAUAAUUGUGCUAAUGGAAAUGAUGGUGAUGAUGUGCUUUUAAACGAAAACCAUAGUGUUGGUGGAGAUGAAAAUAAUGAAUCUGAUCAUAAUCAUCCUAUCGACAAUGAAAUGGACCUUGAAAAUGAAAAUAAUGAUGGUGGGAAUAAUGUGGAUGAUAAUGUGAGGCAAGAAAACAAUGCAAACCAAUCUGAAUUUUUUUACACAGUAGAUAUAUUUGAUCCGAGAAAUUGGGAUGGCCUUGAUUCUAAAAUGAUUGAUAUUUUGGCAGUCAAAGGUCCUAAAAGAGAUUUGUCCUUUGAUAAAGGUCCCAAAGAUAGAUUAUCUAAGCGAUUUUCUGCAACUUUAUACUAUAGAGUCUUAUCUAAUGGAGAGAAAUGCGAUAGAGAGUGGCUUGUUUAUUCGAAAGAGCUUGAUAAAUGUUUUUGUUUUUGUUGCAAAUUGUUUAAAAAAGGUUAUGGAAGAAGUCAAUUAACUAAUGAAGGUUUUGGGGAUUGGACACAUGUUAGUAUAAGACUAAAAGAGCAUGAAACAAGUCCUGAGCAUUUUAAGAACAUGGGAAUUUGGUAUGAUUUGCGUCUGAGGUUGCAAAAGAAUGAGACUAUUGAUAAAGUCGCUCAAAAACAACUUAAUAAAGAAAAAGAACAUUGGAAAAAAGUUAUACAAAGAAUCAUUGCAAUUACAAAAUUUCUGGCAAAAUAUAAUUUAGCAUUUCGUGGUACAAAUGAGCGACUAUAUCAAAGUAAUAAUGGAAUUUUCUUGGGAUUUGUUGAAACGUUGGCAGAAUUUGAUCCUGUUAUCCAAGAGCAUGUUCGGCGUAUUACUAACGAUGAAAUCCAUGUUCAUUAUCUUGGCCAUAACAUCCAAAAUGAGUUAAUACGUUUGCUUGGUUCUGCAAUCAAAUCUGAAAUUAUCAAGAAAGUUAAACAAGCAAAGUAUUUCUCUGUUAUUCUUGAUUGUACUCCUGAUAUUAGCCACCAAGAGCAAAUGUCUUUAAUAAUAAGAUAUGUUGAUGUUUUUUCAAAACCCAUGAUUAUUGAAGAGUCUUUUUUAGGAUUCCUAAUUGUGAAUGACACAAGUGGUCAAGGGCUUUUUGAUGUUUUACAAAAAGAGUUGAAAGAUCUUGGUCUUGACAUAGAUAAUGUGCGUGGACAAGGUUAUGAUAAUGGAGCUAAUAUGAAAGGAAAACAUCAAGGAGUACAAAAGAGACUUUUAGAUAUAAAUCCUAGAGCUUUUUAUACUCCUUGCGGUUGCCAUAGUCUAAACUUGUUGCUAUGUGAUAUGGCUAAUACUUGUGGUAAAGCUAGGGAUUUUUUUGGGAUCAUUCAACGAAUUUAUACGAUAUUUGCAAAUUCCACAAAAAGGUGGAAAAUUUUGAAAGAUAAUGUUAAAGGAUUGACUCCUAAGUCUUUAUCAUCCACUCGUUGGGAAAGUCGUGUUGAUAGUGUUAAAGCCAUUAGAUUUCAAAUGAUUGAUAUACGUGAAGCUUUACUCCAAGUAGCAGAAGAAACCACUGAUUAUGAUAACAAAGGAUUGAGUGAAGCUAAAUCUUUAGCAGAAAAUGAGCUUUGUGAUUUUGAGUUUUUGGUAGCAAUAGUUAUUUGGUAUGAAAUACUAUAUGCUGUUAACUUGGUUAGUAAAAAUUUACAAUCGGAUGAUAUGCUACUUGAUGUUGCUAUUGAAAAAAUAAAGGGCUUGGCUUCUUUUUUUGAGAAAUAUAGAGAAACGGGUUUUAAUGAUGCCCUUAACACUGCCAAGGAGAUUGCUCUUGAGAUGAAUGUUGAUCCUGUUUUUCCUCAAAAACGUGAAAUUCGUAGAAAACGUUUUUUUGAUGAGAAUCCAGAUGAUGCACCAUCUGUUUCACAAUCUGCAGAGGAGUCAUUUAGAGUAAAUUAUUUCUUAUUCAUUAUUGAUCAAGCCAUUGUUUCUCUUAAGAGGAGAUUUGAGCAAUUUCAAGAAUAUGAAAAUCUAUUUGGCUUUCUAUUUACUUCUUAUAAGUUGCAGUCACUUGAUGAUGAAAGUUUGAAGUCAUGUUGUGCUAACUUUGUAAUUGCACUUGAGGAUAAUAGUGGGCAAUCUGAUAUUAAUGGGGACGAACUGUAUGUCGAGUUAAGGUUACUUAGAGAAUUUUUGCCUCGACAAAACAUGGGACCAUUAGAUAUCUUAAUGUUCUUGAAAGGUCAUGAUUUUUUUCCUAACACAUUUGUUGCAUACAGAAUUUUGUUGACUGUACCUGUCACCGUUGCAUCGGCCGAGAGAAGUUUUUCCAAAUUGAAGUUGUUGAAGUCAUAUAUGCGAUCUACGAUGACACAAGAAAGACUCAAUGGAUUGGCGAUGAUGGCAAUUGAGAACGAUAUUUUGGAAACAAUUGAUUAUGAAGAUAUAAUUGAUGAUUUUGCUUCAAAGAAUGUUAGGCGAAUGUGUCUUUUUAAGUAAUAAAAGAUCAAUGUCUUUGGUUUAAUGGUUUUGUUGAGAUGUUAUCAUUAAUAAUAACUUAGUUUUAAUUA